ACAUGCAGGGGGAGCGUGGUGUGAGGGCAGGACCUGGACCGGUUCUGGCCCCACCCAAACGGGUGCAAACCUGCCGCCCCUGCCUCUCGUCCCCACCGCGGCGCUCCCCGGCGCUGGUGUCGGGGAAGCGAACAGAGGCGGAACUUCCCCUUCUCGGCCGCCCUUGUUUCCUCUGGCAAGUCGGCGAGCCCGGUCCGCGUCUGGCUGCGGGCGUGACUCCCGGAUCGCGGCUGGCGAGAGCCCGAGGAGCCACGUCCGUCUCCCCUGCGGUCUCAGUUUGUGUGAUUGGAAAGAAGGGAUUUCUGAGAUGAUGGAGCCCCCGUCCAAUUCAACGUCUCAGAGGUUCCACCACCCAGGACCACAACUGAGCUGUGACCUCAGAGAGAAGCUGCAGUAUUCACGGCAACUAGACUUUCCUGUGCCUUAUUUGUUUGUUCCUUAUGAUAAGGGGAAUGAAGGAAACCCGGAUAUGGUGGCUUUGCUCCAUAGGUUUGGCUUUAUGAUGCCAGUGACGUUUGAGGAAGUGGCCGUGUACUUCUCUGAAGAUGAAUGGGCUCUUUUGGAUGAAAAGCAGAGGGAACUCUACAGAGAUGUCAUGCAGGAGAAUUACGAGACUCUCCUCUCAUUGAGAUUUCCUAUUGCUAAACCAGAUGUGCUGUCCCAGAUGGAGCGAGGGGAAGAGCCAUGGUUCCCAGAUCUUCAGGGCUCUGAGGAAAGGGAAAUCCCAAGAGGCACUACGACAGGUACCAGGACAGCAAGUGAAAACGAGGAGAGUCCCCAGCAGGAAGGGGCUGUGGGAGUGAAGUUGCACAGGAUGUUCUUAGGGAGACCACAGUGCCCUGACAGGGCAGAUGCCAGUGAGAGUCACGGCAGGGCAGGACGGCAGAUGGGAGACCCUCCAGGCAGGAGUAAAUCCACUCACAGCAAAAGAGGUUUGAGGAAAUCCAAGGACACCAGCGCCCACCCGGUAACCCUUAUGGGGGAGACACCAAAUACUGUCAAUGAACAGAGGGAAGGUUUCAGUAACAGUUCGCUCCUUAUUCAGCACUGUCAGCAAACUGUUGCAGAAAAAAGUGUCUGCAAGUAUUAUGAGUGUGGCAAAGGCUUCUCUCGACAAGAAAACCUUCAGACACAUCUGACAAUUCACCCAGAAGAGCGACCUUAUAAAUGUAAUGAAUGCAGGAAAAGCUUCAGACAUAAGACAAGCCUUGUUCUUCAUUGUUAUACAGUCCACAAGUCAGAGAGACCUCAUAAAUGUCCAGACUGUGGCCAGCUGUUUAUCCUAAAAGACAGACUUAUUCAGCAUCAGAGAAGCCAUUCAGGAGAGGUGUCUAGAGGAUUUAAUGGUGGGAUGGUGAGUGAGAACAGGGACAAGAAUCCCCAGAAGGAAGGGCUUGUGAGAGCAGAGCGGGACAGGAUGUUGUUGGGGAGACCCCAGAGUCUUGAGUGGGGAGAAGUCUGUGGAAGUGCAGGAGCUGCACAAAGGCAGCAUAGGACCCCGGAAGGGGAGAGAGGCAGCGUAUCUAUUCAACAUAAACAAAUUUCCAAGAAACUGAACUGCUCCAUAGGCCACCAGAGCACUAAUCAGGGAGCACAACCGAGUACAAGUAGUGAUCAGAAAAGCUUCAGUAGAAACUCAGCAGUGCAUCAGAAUAUCCGUCCCAAAGAGAGACGUUACAGCUGUGCUGAGUGCGGGAAAAGCUAUUACCACAACUCGCACCUCCGAUGGCAUCAGAAAAAACACACAGGCGAGAGAUCCCAUGUAUGUGCCAACUGUGGAAAGAGCUUUAACUGCAGAUCGUCACUCAGCAGACAUGAAAGGAUCCACAGAGAGGAGAAAAACUACAGCUGCACUGACUGUGGGAAAAAAUUCAGAGAGUACUUGCACCUUGCUUCCCAUCAGACAAUCCACACAGGAGAGAGAGCCUAUCAGUGUCCUGACUGUCACAAAAGCUUCAGACUGAAAGGGGUUCUUUGUACUCACCGUAAAACCCACACAGGAGCUAAACCUUUUAAAUGCACUGAAUGUGGGCAAGGCUUUGGGCGGAAAGAAACCCUACAUAAACAUAUGAGGAUCCACACUGGGGAGCGGCCCUAUAAAUGUACCCAGUGUGAGAAAAACUUUCGUCAGAAGUUCUCCCUUUCCCAGCAUCAGUUAAUGCACUGCGGAGGAAGGCCUCACAAAUGUACUGAAUGUGGGAAAGGCUUCAAUCACAAAUCAAACCUUGUUCAACACUUGGCAAAACUGCACUUGAAAAAGAAACCCCACACAGCAAAUGUAGCUUCAGAUUAAAUAGAUCUACAAUUGCAGUGGUAGAAAACAGUGGAGUGGUUUGUUUGUUUUUAAUUCUGAUGAGACUCUUCUAAAAUACAAGGCUUAAGGCGGAUGGGUGGAUAGUAUUGGCUUAUUUUUGAUGGGAGGGGGACAAAGCUGAUGAAGAGAGGAACUGAUCUUUCAAUGGGGUGGGAGGAUGGUUAGUGAGAAUUUCAAGGCAAUGGAGUUGAAUUUUGGAAAUUGAGCAGUGGUAUGCCAUCUCAUGCAUUCCCAUGUGAACCCUGAAUAUGACUUCCUGACUGGCUGUGCCAGUGGGACGAUUCCAUCCGGCCCCUGAACACACAGGGAGGAUGCCAUUGUGUAGAACAAAAUACCCACAUCCUCACAAUGUGUGGAGGACGCUAUUUUAACAUGGCACUCUAUAAAUGGAUAAAAACCUGGUGAACUGAGAUAUCGCAAAAUGUAACUGUAAACAGGGAAUCCUCAUUGAGUAGGUGUGUUUCUAAUGGGGCCCUGCAGAGAUCAGUUCUUGAUUCUCUGCUUUGUAACAUUUUUAUCAAUGACCUGGAAAAAAAACCAUAAAAUGAUCACUGAUAAAAUUUGCAGAUACUGUAAACCAGGGGAUGGUAAAUAAUGAAGAGGAUAGGUCUUGAUUAACAGUGAACUGGAUCACUUUGCACACUGGGUACAAGAAAACAGUAUGCAUUUUAAUGUGGCUAAAUGUAUACAUCUAGGACAAAAUAUGUAGGCCAUACUUAUAGGAUGGGGGAUUCUAUCCUGGAAAGGUGGGACUCGGAAAAAGAUUUUGGGUUUGUGGUGGAUAAUCGGGUGAAUAUGAACUCCCAGUACGAUGCUGUCUCCAAAAGAACUCAUGCAAUCCUGAGAUGCAUAAACGGGAAUCUUGAGUAGGAACAGAGAGGUUAUUUUACCUCUGUAUUUGGCACUGAGGCAACUGUAUUUUUUUUAAACUUAUCACGUAGCUGGAGUUGCGUAACUUAGGUCGACUUGCCCCCGUAGUGUAGACAAGGCCUAAGAUAUGGAGAAGUAUAUACCAAAAGGAGGAAAUUGAUAAGGGUUGAAAUGUUGAACUAAGGAGAGUUACUAGAGUAUAAUUACCACAAGAAAUCAUAAGGAAGUAAGAUCAUUGGC